AUGCCUCCUUGGAACAGCAGGUUGCGAAAUCUCAAACCGUUCAGGAAGGUUAACGACAGGCUCAGGGUAUUGAAGAAUAACAUCCUUGAAGCUACAUGCCUCGGGCAUGACCUCCUCCACUUUGACGAACGACCUCUUGUUGAUGCCGGAAUCACCCCUGGGGAGAAGGUCGAAGAGAAGGUUGUCAAAGGUACCGGCGGAGAGCUUGCUCGGACUAUGUCCCGGUUCAACGAGGGCGCAGGCGCCACCUCAUGGCUCGGGGUUAUCCCGUACACUCGGUCCCCAAUCGCCUUCAGCGAUGCUUCUACCGCUUCACACUACGAUGCAGACGUCGAGGUUGUCCCCGCUGAACAUGAUGGGGAGCACCAAUAUCACUACCGGCUGCGCCGUAUCCACGUCCUGGAAGACCAGGAGGACGAACCCGAAAUCGACGAUUCCAUCGCCCCGUUGGCCUUCAUCACACCCAUUCCCAGCGUCAAACUCGAGUCUCCCCCCAAUGCUCCUCGCAAGAGUGAAGGCACCUAUUCCCGCUACUACGCCAUGUUUGACCGCGCUCUCGUCUCCACCUCUUUCAACGAUUACAGGCCGUUCGACUCGGUCUCCGAGAGGCAGAAGAAGGAUGAGCAGGCAAAGCGGUACCCCAAGCUGGAGGCUCUCUUCGGCCAAGAUCAGCAGGACUCGAUCGAGGUCUCUGACCCCAGGAAAGCUCUUUUCGCGGGAAACCUCCAGCGCGAUCCCUAUUCCACCGAGUCAGCCUUCAAGUAUGUCGAGGAGGUGGAGAGACACCCAUCAGAAGUGUUCAUGAACGCUGGUAUCGACCGCUCGACAUUACGCUUCCUCGAUAGUAACCGCGACAGCUCGACAGCCAGCAGGGAUAUCGAAGCCGCUCAGUUCUACCAGCAUCGUAACGGCUCGAUGCUCCAUCUUCCCAACAUCGACUCUGAUUCAGGGUCUUUGGACGUCCUUUCCCAACCGCAGUUCCAGCAUUUCGACGCAAAGCCGGCUUCGACUGAUUCUGGAUCGGUGACGUCGCUUGACAUGGCUGACAUUCGACCCAUCUCGGUUUCCAUUUCGAAACUCGGUUCGACCUUGUUCUCGACCCCUGCCAAGGUCCCAUCUGCCCCUCCCAACACACCCUGGUCGGUGAAGACUGCUGUUGAGGACCAAGUCACCCCUGGUGCGAAGGGCAAAGGGAAGGAGGUUGAUCACCAAGAUACGGUGGACAGGAUGGCCCCUUUGGCAAUGCAAACCCCGCAGGUCGGAACACCGAAGGAAUACAGCUUCAUUUCCUUCGCCGCUCCCAGCCCCAUCUCCCUCGCCCUUCCGGCCCCUCUUCCUGAGAUUCUUCAGAAGGCUAUCCCCACCUCGCCACCUCCAACCCAGACGCAAUCAGAGUUGGUCAGACGCCCAGCAACCAGAGUUGUUUCCAACGGACCUCCUCGCUCCAAGUCCCACUUCGAGAAACCCACCAAGGUCUCCCCUGUGACGAAGAGAGUUCGCAUCGUUGAGGAACCCAGGAUCAUGGAGGACAAGGUGAACCCGGUUGUCCGUCGCAGUCUCCCUGGGAUCGUCCCCUCUUCCGACUUUGCUGAAGAACUCAACCAGGCCCUGGAGGCAUUGGAUAUGAUUUCGGAGACCGCCGAGCUUGCUCCUGGGUUGUCUUCCAAUGCUGCUGAUAAGGCGUCGUUCUCGGUCAAGCUGAAUGGCGAUGAUGGGGCUGAGUUCACUUCGUCGCUUCCUCCUUCAGCAUUACUUAGCCCGGUUUCGAAGUUCUCGGAAGGGGAGAGUACGCUCAAUGAAGGAGAUGAUGCCGAGAGCCUUGCUGAACCUCCUAUGCGACGACGCCGCAAGUUUGGCCUCCCUAUGAAAUAUGCCCCAGCUGCCACGGGUGUCCCGCUUACCAGGACCAAGACACGAGACUACCGGACUCGCCGCCAAACACCUAUGGUCUAUCGCAAACUGCUCGAACUGUAUUCGACGCAAUAUCAAAAUUACUAG